UUGCAACUAAUAAAUGUCUCUCUCUCUUACAUAAAACGAGACAAAAACCAAACUACAGAAAUUUUAUUUACUAUUAUUAUUUUUAAAAGUAUUUUGUUAAAUUCUCUUCUAUGUUUUAGCUCCAAUUUUCAGCUCGAUCUAGGGUUUUCUCUAAGUUUGUAACAAAAACAAUCUUUAAAUUUAAUCAAAGUCGAUCACUUUGAGUCUAGGUGGGAGCAAAGAGCCGAAGAAGUCAAAUUUCUUUAGUUUUUUUGUAUUUCUGUGAGUAGUCAUGGGGAAAGUGGCGGUUGGGGCGACGGUCAUAUGUGCGGCAGCUGUGUGUGCGGCGGCGGUGCUGGUGGUGCGGCAUAGGAUGAAGUGUUCGGGGAGGUGGGCCAAGGCCAUGGCUAUAUUGAAAGAUAUGGAGGAGAAAUGUGGGACCCCAAUUGGGAAGCUCAGACAGGUGGCUGAUGCGAUGACCGUUGAGAUGCACGCUGGCCUUGCAUCGGAGGGUGGUAGUAAGCUCAAGAUGCUUAUCAGCUACGUCGACAAUCUUCCCACUGGGGAUGAGAAGGGGUUGUACUAUGCGUUGGACCUUGGUGGCACAAACUUCCGUGUCAUACGUGUACUGUUGGGUGGGCAAGAAGGCCGUGUUGUUAAACAAGAAUUUGAGGAAGUUUCAAUUCCUCCACAUUUGAUGACUGGGAAUUCAGAUGAUUUGUUUGACUAUAUUGCUGAAGCCCUUGCGAAAUUCGUUGCUACAGAGGGUGAAGGACUUCAUGUUUCACCUGGGAGACAAAGAGAGUUGGGGUUUACUUUCUCAUUUCCAGUUAGACAAACAUCAAUUUCAUCAGGGAAUCUUAUAAAAUGGACCAAGGGCUUCUCUAUAGAAGAUGCGGUUGGACAAGAUGUAGUUGGAGAAUUAACUAAAGCAAUGGAAAGAGCUGGUCUUGAUAUGCGUGUUGCAGCUUUGGUCAAUGAUACUAUUGGAACAUUAGCUGGGGGUAGAUACUCAAAUCAGGAUGUGGUUGCUGCCGUAAUCUUGGGCACUGGAACUAAUGCAGCAUAUGUAGAACGAGCACAUGCUAUUCCUAAGUGGCAUGGUCUUCUACCUAAAUCAGGGGAAAUGGUUAUCAACAUGGAAUGGGGUAACUUCCGGUCAUCGCACCUUCCGCUAACAGAAUAUGAUCAAGCAUUGGAUGUCGAAAGCUUGAACCCUGGAGAACAGAUUUUUGAAAAAGUGAUCUCUGGUAUGUAUUUGGGGGAAAUUGUGCGCAGAGUUUUGUGCCAGAUGGCUGAAGAAGCUGCUUUUUUUGGUGAUACUGUUCCACCAAAACUGAAAAUUCCAUUCAUAUUGAGGACUCCAGACAUGUCUGCAAUGCAUCAUGAUACAUCUUCAGAUUUGAGAGUGGUUGGGAAAAAAUUAAAGGAUAUAUUAGAGAUACCCAAUACCUCCCUGAAAAUGAGAAAAGUUAUUGUGAGCCUCUGUGACAUUGUUGCAACUCGUGGUGCCCGUUUAUCUGCCGCAGGCAUUGUCGGUAUCCUGAAGAAAUUAGGCAGAGACACAGUGAAAGAUGGGGAAAAGCAGAAGUCAGUAAUAGCUUUAGAUGGCGGGUUGUAUGAGCACUACAUGAAAUUCAGUGCUUGCAUGAAGAGCACGGUCAAGGAGAUGCUGGGAGAGGAAGUCUCUGAGAACAUCACAAUUGAGCUCUCAAAUGACGGUUCUGGCAUCGGAGCUGCACUCCUUGCAGCCUCUCACUCCCAAUACCUUGGUGUUGAUGAGUCAUUUUCAACAAUUUAACUUCGUACAUUUGCAGUUUAUUUUAUCUCUCUGCGCUUUAUUUUGAGCUUUUUUACACCCAUCACGCUAGACACCCUAAUUUAUGGUCAUAUGGCGUGUAUAAUGAGUAAUGGAUCG